AGCUGUUGCCACAGCUGACUACGUUUUGUCCCAACAGUUUUCGGAACAAUAGUCUGAUAAAUUCUUAAGCAAAAUAGUAUGUCUUUGUUCCGUAUACGGCGUCUGCAGCCAAGUGCCAGCAUGUUAUAUCGAUGUGCAAGCACACUGCCCAGCCCCCAAUCGGAAGGCGGGGAAGUCAGCGCAACUGUCAAGCGGAUUCGUCAGGAGCUGGCCCAGGACAAACAGCACUUGAGCUGGCGUACGCCAAUUGGUGACCGGCCAGAGGAUUGGAAUAGUAAAUUGAAACUGUUUUCCAACUCGGAGCAAAACUCCGAUUUCAUAGUCAUGAUGCAGCGGCCCAUCGAUCUGAGCCCCAAGAGCAUGAAAGAAUGGUGGAACAAACGCCAGGAGCGCAUUGAGCGACACAUGCAACAGUUUGUGCCUGAACGCCAUAAGAUACUUGGUCCCGAGCUGGCUGCCGCACAUUUUGUAUUAUAUCGCGGUGGCGCUGCCAAGUUCUUGAACGACAAUCGCUGGCAUCGCGCUUCUGAGGACGGCGAGUUCAAUCUUCCCAAUAAAUUUAAUGCCAGCUUCAAACUGGAGGCGCUGCGCUGCGACAACAUGCAGCUGUACUAUGAGGGACUGGAAAACCUGCGCUGCUUGGAGCAUCUAAAGUUUUUGUCCUUUCACAAUGUAAAAACCUUUGACGACUGGUGCUUGGAUCGCAUUUCCGGCGGCGGUUAUCCGCACCUAGAGGUUUUGGAUCUUUCGAACACUGCCAUAACAGAAAGAGGACUAGCAUGUCUAUAUCGCCUGCCCAAGCUAAAGCUCCUAAUCAUUAACGAUCCCAAGGAGUCGCUCGAAAUGGAACUGGCCGCUGCUAUGCUGGAAGUGGCAAUGCCGCCGCUUAAAGUCAUAGCAGCCGACACCAUACAUGACCAAACAUAACCUUGUAGAAAUAUA